ACUUGUUAUGCAAUUUCAAUUCUCAAAUUCGUCAUCCAUUUAAUUUUAUGCAAUUUCAAUUUCAUCCCAAGGUUUGUAAUAAGGGGGCCAUCCACCUUCUUUGGCUUGUCCAUUAUUUAUCUACUACAUCCGAAAUAGACGGGCAUCUAUAUCUUUAGCCAAGAUCAAGAAUACGACCCUGACGUCAGCCAUCAAUUCCGCCAUUUCCGAUCGGCUGCUGCAAUCAUUUACACAAAAAAACAACCAAUUAAGUGAACUGCAAAAAUAUGUUAAAUCGACCAGCAGAUGGCGUAGGUAGUCAGUUUAGAGCCUAAAGGCGGGAAGCGGAGGGAGGUCACUGCAGGAGAGAAAAAAGGAGGGAACUAUUUAGAAAGCGCGUAGCGUCCACGUUUCGAGUUCCAUUUAUUAUUCCAUUCCUUCAGUUACCUGCUGUGCCCACGGCGCAUACCUUGGCCCUCGCCAGAGUCGAGUUGUGUGUGUGCUGCUGCUGUGAGAUGCGGGUGAACGGUUGAGUUUUUUUUUUUUGGUCGGUGCUGUGCUUUUUCAACUCGUCUAUUCAUGUCGCCAUCGACUCAAAACGACGAAAUUUCCAACAGAAAAAGAACCAGAAAUCAACACGUGGCAUUUCAUCCAAACGAAGAAAAAGUGUUCAAGUGUAGUGAUUGGAGUGCAACCAGCAGAAAAAGUGGUUCAUUGGACGGCCAUUCUCCUCGUGUGUUUAUGUCUUAAUCAUCAUCGUGUUUUUUGGCAAUAUUAGUUGUGUCGUUUAGAAUUUUUACGGUACAUCGGAAACCAACGCCCCAGUUGAAUGACAGGUGGUACAACAAUUACUGAAAAUAUUCCACUCUGAUUCAUUCGGUUGACUGAUCCCAUCGAAUCAGGCGAAUUUGAUGUGAUUAUAUGAAGCCCCAUGUGCGUUAUGGCCAUACACCACACUCGACGGCUGGUGGUGGUGGCGGGGCUGGAUCUUCCGUUGCUGCCGGACGUAGCCAUCAACUGUACCGGCGGCCUGGCGGAGGUGAUGACGAUGACUCCUCGAUGAUUGAAGAAUACAAACUGGAGGAGCAAUUAGCACCGUUCUACGAGACGACCUCCUCCUCGUUGUCGGAACGCAACGAACGAACAUCCUCCUCCGCACAACAACAAUCGGCCCGAUGUUUCCUGCCGUCGGCCUCGCAAUCGCCCGGCAAACCGGCACUCAGGACCAUCUCCAUCAUGGAGACACUUAGUGAGCUGACGAGUUCGCAAUCAGCUCGCGCAAGCGGAGCGGAUGCAGGAUCGUCUACAACAGCCACCAGUCGGAUACGACGUCCACCAGAAGAGACUUCAUCUUCGUCGUCUUCUGGUGGAACGCAAUCUAAACCUCAUCCGGGCACGUCUCACGCCAGUGUGACGGCCCAACAAAUCGGCAUCCAGCGACGGAUGAAGAAAGGAGAUAACAACAAUGGGAACCCUAUGGUGGCCAUGGCCAGCUUGUUAGACAUUCCCCAGUGGUAUCCUACUACGAAAGGGAGAGUUGCAUCCGGCCGGACGGAUGCAGGGGGCCCGAGUGUCAGUAGUGAAAGAGUGUGGGAUGUUUCUCAUUUCGCAAUUGGAAGGCCGUCCACCAACAAACAUCAGGGAAACAACAACAAUUUGACGGCCCACCGGAAUAAAGCCCGUAGUGUCCAGGAUAUGCUGCUUCUCCAUAGCCCGUCGAAAUCGAUCCAGUCCCACAAGAAUAACGUGACGUCUAGCGCGUCGGGUGUCGUUGUGUCAUCGGCCACCAGUGCGCACGGUUACGGUUCCCUGGAAAGGAGACGAAGACGACGUCCAGGCGCGAGAGCUGGAACAGCAGGAUUCGGUGUUGGCGUGUCUGCCCGACGCGGUGAAACGGAUUGGGAACGCGAAGCGGAUGAGGAAGAUGACGACGAAGAACAUGUCCGUGUCUAUGGCGGUGGUUUGGGGGUUGAUGGAAGGCAUGACACUGAACCGAUGUAUCCCAUGCAAAGUGCUGUGCCCCUCUUCCGGCAACAACCAUCGAAAAAUCAUGGACGGAAUAAUAAAAACAAUCCUGUUGCGGAGGUGACUCGUCACAAUUACAAACCGCCGGCCGAAUGGUUCAAAGAGAAACGACCUUCACCUGCACAACAAACCAACAGAGUGCUCAAGGUUGGUGGAGGUAGUACAUCAGCGCCGGAACAACAGCAGAUGUUGCUGAAUAAGGAACGUGGACAGACGCCGGAUUGGAUUCACAAAAUCUUUGAUGUUGCUCGUCGUGGCCAUUUGUUAAAACUGCAACGAGUUAUGACCGGAAUGGAACCGACUUUAGUGAGAAACCUGUCGGAUCACAGAGGUAACAACCUGUUGCACGUCCUGGCCGGCUCGGGAAAUGCUGACGCUUUGGCCUGGCUCUGCUCGUCGUUCGGUCCGGAGAUGCAGGAUGCUCUUUUAGAUGAAAACAAACGAGGAUUAACGCCCGUCGUUGCGGCUAUCCAGGCCGGAAGACUUGAAGCGCUCCAGUUUCUUGUCGAUCACACAUCCGCACGUGAUCGAUUAGCUCCCGUUGAUGGUGACCGAUGUCUUUUGCAUAUCGCUGCCAAAUACGGCAAGAUCGAUUUAGUGGCAUGGCUUGCCCAGUAUAUGGAAUCGCAUGGAUUCGAAGUCGAUUUGCGGGACCAUUGCGGACAGACGCCGCUCCAUUUAGCCGCUAGAGCCGGACACGCAUCUGCCGUUGCCAUCUUAGUGGCCCACGGUGCUGACGUCACUGCCAAGAAUGACAUGGGUCAUCGUCCUCUGGAUCUGGCCAGCGCCAACGGCCAUGUGGGAGUUGCACAACUGCUCCGGCUCCACGAUGCCGCUCUCUGCCUGUCGUCGGAAACACUGGAGGCCAACGAAGAAUUGGACAACCUGCGUGGAGACUAUGCCGAACUCAAAUCCUACUUCAGGCAUGUGCUUAAAAUCUAUGAUGAUGACUUGGCUCUCUCUCUCUCUCUCUCUCUCCUCUCUCUUUUUUCUAUGAAUAUAUUGUAUAUAUGCCGGAGAAGGGAGCGAGAGAAAACCUUGAGGCUCUAUUGUGCUACUACGUACUUACCUGGACCUUUCUUCUUUUUCAUUUUUAUGACCCCAUCAUUUUUCAUGUUUUAUUUUUUUUUUUUCUGGGGGGGGGGCCCUCUUUUUCUCAUUCCUUUUUGUUAUUGCAGGGACGUGCUGGUGAUUGGCAAGCGCUUCGCCAAAGAACGAGAUGAAAUGUGCCGCCAGCUGGGCAGACUCUACGAGGACGUCACAUCGCUCCAUCAGGCUUUACUCUUUGAACUGAGGACCCUACACCGAGAUCUGGCGGGUGUUAGGGAUCGAGUCAGCAGUUCUCGCAAAGCUGGAGAAAUCGCAGAUCGCAAUUUGGACGAAAGCGUCGCCGUAGUCGAAGCGUUGCACGAUAAAUGGCAAAGCCAACAACGUAGUUGGUUCUCGAGUAAUUUAGCCGACAUGGAACAUCGUUUGCUCAUGGCCGAAGACGGCUGGAAACGAUUGCGUACGUCAACCAAUACCAAACACCGUACUUGUCAAAUCAGACCUCACGAGCUUCUCAGGAGUCGACUGGCAGCUGUCAACGCCCAGGCCAGCAAUAUCCAAUGUGACGUGACGACCCUGUCAUCCGACGAAGGCUCUUUAUACUCGGGUUGUUGUCAAUCGGCUGGAGCCAGCUCGGAUGGUGAGGAAGACGAAGCCUUAGUGUCCAUCGAGUCUGGCAACUACAACAAUAGUGCCCAUUUCUCGCCACCGGCAAUCAACAGCGCUGCAACCAGUCGAGCGGCAGGAGAGAGUGUAGCGGGUUCAGCAGCGGCUAACACGAGUACCACCGGCCCACCUACUUGGUUCAAGAGCCCGAGGAGUUUGGCCGUUGCCUUCAAGUCACGUCAGGCUGCUAGCGGCCACGCCCGAAAUGGAACGGCGGCAGCCGAUUCAACAAGUGGGGCCGACAGCGUCUACGGCACUUUACACGCAGCCGUCCGCAACAUGGGCCAUAAUCCAAGUGAGCAAGAAAUCAAGGAGCAGCAACAGCUGCUGGAAAGAAGCUAUCACCGGAAGAAGCCGACACCUUCUUCAUCUCGGCAAGAACUCCGUAAGAAAUUGCAAGAAGUCAAACUCACAUCGGAAUCCGGCAACGCCUCGGUGAUUGAAGUCAUCGAGCCAUCUAGUAGCGAAGGUGAUGACCACGAUGAUGUCCUGGACGGACGGACGCCGCGAGAUCAAUCGACACCCUUACGGGGUAGUAAUACGCGAUCGUUUAACGCUUCCUUCUCGGAAGAAUUGGAAAGAGCAAGGCAAAGUAAACGGAUGCAUAACAAUCCAUCGGUGGCGAAUGAAUCCGUUGCUGCUGGAGUGGCUGCCGCCACCGCGUCGGCCAAUGCCAACACAAAAACAUUAGCCGAACCAGAUUUACUGGCUGGAACAGUCCCCGUUAUGGCUGGAUCGUCUUCACGGAGUUGUCACGAUCUCAGUCUGGUCCAGCGACUCGUCGAUCAGCAACAAUUGGCAGAGCAUCAGCUGGCCACUGGCGAUGAUGCAGAGAUAACUGGUAACUCGACGAGAAGCCAUUCCAGCUUGAGCAGCAGUAACAACACAGCUGUGACGUCAGUAUCGGUCCCGGCUGCUGCUGGGUCACGCAAAAAAAGCGGAGGAUUUCUCACGAAAUUUGCAUUGAAAGCGCGUUGGCCAUCUAAGCGUUCCAGCAAAUCCAGUUCGGCUGAAUCGCCAUCUUUAUUGACGCCUGCAACGUCGCCGGUCGCGUGUGGCUCUCCGCAAACGACGGCCGAGACGGAAAGUGGCCCGUCUGAUUUCAGCUUAGGCGACUCGCCAUCGACGACAUCGCCGCAAACUGUCCAUCAUCAUCAUCAUCGUCAGUGCGAAGAAGAAGAAGAAUCGACGGCAGGGACAUCUGCCGGGGUAGUUGCCGGAUUGAGUCAGAUGUUUGAGGACAUGUCCAUGUCCGGAAUGGUCAAAUCACCGACGAAACCAAACGCUCAAGUCGCCCAGCUUAUGGCGGCCAGUCUUGAAAAACGUGCGAGUCACUCAUUGGCUGGCCCUGAAUCGUUGGAUGGAUCGCGAUGUAAAUCCGCAGCGGCUGGAUCGACGGCGGCGGAAUCUGCCAAUCAACAGGUGGUGAUGGAUUUGCCGCCGUCCACGUCCCCUCCGCCAGUACCACUGGAGAUUGAAACGUACAAUUCAAUGUCUCCGUCUAGUCAGAAUGAAACGUCGUCCUCGUCCGUGUGCAGUUCCGGCGGUACUAACGUAGUCGGUGGAAUGCAACCACCUCCGCCACCUCCGCGGUUCUCGACCAACAGCAAAGGAUCAUCGGAUUUAUCAUCGAGCAGUAGCAAAGUGAGCAGCACGUCGGGCGGAGGAGUCAGCGGUGGAGUCGGUGUAGGAGGAGCCACACCAGGUUCAUCCUCAGCAUCAUCGUCGACAUCGGCUUCACAUGGAGGUGCGGAAUCGCUUAGUGUAGCUGCCUCAGAGGAUUCGGGCAUCGUUAUGGCACGUCCGGCUUCAUCCGCAUCGAAAUCGGAUUCAUCACCUCGUCAUCCGCCUUCGUCAUCCUACACAUUCACGAAUUCAUCGACGUUCAGUCCACUACGCAAAGCAACGCUUACGGGUAGCGGGAGUACGUCUUCUACGUCGACACAUCAAUCUCUCCAGUCCCAGGCGGAUGCUGAACGACACGGUCUAUCAUCUCCAGCACCGUCCGAUUGCAUUUCGAAAGCGGAAUCGACAGCGAGUGGUGACCUGCUUCUUUCCAAAACGGAAUCGAUGCGACAUUUCCGUCAAUUGGCUCGUAUCGAAGAGCAAGCAGCGAGCACAACUGGUGUCGUGACUGGGCAAAUGGUGGUGGAUGGCCAUUCGGAUAGGAAACCCGUCGAACAUAUGACAUCAACUCAGGCCGGCCAAGAUGCAAACGUUGAAAUGGCUCACCAAUCCGGUCAGAUAUUGACGUGGAGAGAAGCGAAACUGAAGAAUCAAGUUGUUACUCCACCGCCACUUGAAGAACGACUCAAUAAGACACGCGUGAGAUUGGAAGAGAAGAGCAUCCGGACAUUAAAGAAACGACAUCAUCACGUAACGGAACGGCCGUGGUACGACGUAUCCGACGAUGAAUCGGAUUUGUUGACGCCCGAACGUCUCACCAAGCUCAAAACGUCCUUGUCCAGCAGCGACAGUCCCAGCAGCGACAGUAACGGUAGCCACGGCAGUAGUAGCAGUGGCGAAGAGGAAGAAGUCUGAGGUACCCCUAAUUACGAAUUUAGUGGGAAACUAAUUGAUCAUUUUUGAACGUAAGAAAUAAUUAUUACAAGUCCACCCAGUUGCCAUAUAUAUUAUACAUACAGUACAUUAUAUAUUAACUAAGUAUUUUUCAAUCCUUCAACUUCUGUCAGUUUUAUUUUAUUUUUUAUUUUUUUACCGAGUCCUAGAGGAAGACACAAGACCUCGCUUUUUUCAAUGUUUAAAAUUAAUUUGGUUAGAACGACUAAGGCUGCCAACAGUGUAAAAACAGGUUUAUUGUAUAGUUACUUAAGAAUUUUUCGUGUUGCCAAAUACCUCCCCUCGUAUGGCUCUACGUACAGUUAACACCUGCUUUUUUCUUGAUCAAAGGCCAAUGCAAACAUUAGUGAAAAAGCUAGCUGAAUGUAGGAGUGCCAUAUAAUAUUUGAUUUGUAACGUAAAUUUCUAGCGAUCGAAAACAGAAAAGCAUUUCGAUGCGUGGUUGCCAUUUACUUCGCUGUAAGUAAAGACCACCCUACACACGUUUGUGCAUAAGCCCCUGUAUACAGUAGCCAGUCUGAAACCCUUUUUACAUACUUAUAUACAGUAUAUACACCACUUAUAUAAUAUAUAUAUGAGUCUUGUUGCUUAAACAAUCUUAUGAUUGAUUUUGUUUAACUUUUUCCCAUGUGUUUUUAUUUUUAAAUCAGACCUUGAAAAUGUUUUGCGGUUCAAGUGGAUCAGGGAUCUUUUUAAUUCGUGUCUUCCCCUAAAUAUUUUUUUUUUUUUCGCUUUCCCUCUGUUUAGCAUUAGAAAAACAUAACCAAACUUAUUUGUGGUUAUUGCGCGUCCCAUCAUUUUCACAUGUCAUUUUAUAUAUUAAAAAAGAAACAUAAAAGAAAAAAAAAA